CUGCAAUGGCUGACGUGGAGGAAAGAGCGAGCGCCAAGUCAACAUUUAGAAGAAUGAUGCAAGACUAACUGCAUAUAUAUCCAUGAUGAGUUUUCUCUAUAGAAGUAUUAAAGUGACUAACCUGGUUGUGCUGGUGGUGUUCCUGGCUGGCUGUUACUAUGGUUUGUGUGUGCAGUGUGAAACGUCUCCCCCAGGAAAGCAAGCUGCCCUCACAGUGGUGGAGAUUGACGAGGCAGAUGACGAUGAUGAUGGAAUUGUGGCAGUAGAAGAAAACGGUGAUUCUGAUCCGUUAGAAGUGUUUUAUCCUUCAAAAGAAUGGAAGACUGUCAAGUCAGGUCAGGCAAUUCCCCGUGGGUUACAUGUGCGGAUGAACCUGCAGACUGGGAAGAAAGAAGCCAAGUUAAUGGACGGUGAGAAUGGUGUCAAGUACUGGGAGACAGAUGGCAGGAAAGGCAUGUUGAACACUGGGAAGAAACAGUUUACCAGAGAUGAGUUGAAGGAAGCUCUAAAACAUUUCAAAGCACAGGAUUCAGAUAAAGAUGAUACAAAGAAAAAUGAUGGAAAAAAGAAGUUCCGAAGCUAUGAAGAACUUAAAGAAGAGUUAGCAAAGGCCAAAAUGUCGAUAAAGACUGACGCAGAGAUUGUGUCGGAGCUGGUGGAUCUGUUCAGGAAAACUCCAUUUGACUCUGACAGGAAGGCUAUCCUGACAGAUUUGGAGUACUAUCUUCACCAGAUUGACAAUGCAGUACAUUUCUGUGACAUUGGAGCCAUGCCAGAUCUGAUCAGAUGUCUGAAUGAUACAAAUGAAAAUAUCCGAGCUGAGGCUGCUUUUGUUCUGGGUUCCGCUCUUCAAAGCAAUCCAAAAGUGCAGAUCUCCGCUGUUGAGAAUGGUGCUAUACAGUCGAUGUUGCGAGUCCUGUCGACAGAAUCUUCGUUCACCGUGAGGAAGAAAACAAUGUACGCCCUCUCGUCCAUACUCAGACAUUUCCCGUUCGCACAGAAGAAGUUCCUGGAGCUGGGAGGACUGGCGUCGUUGAAGAAGCUGUUUGAAGAUUCUGGUGCUGAGGCAGAACAACUGCAAGUGAAAGCCGUGACCUUGAUGUACGACCUUGUUACCGAGAAGGAGCUGACAGUCAAAGAUUCAAGACAGGACAAGUUACUGAAAGAGAAACAAAAACAAUACAAAGAUGUUAAUUUAAAAGACGGUUUGAAGGACAUGGGCUGGUGCACACUGAUAGCAAAACUUCUGGAUGUCAGUGAACACGACAGCCGGGAAAAGGUUUUAAAUGCCAUGUUGUCACUGACGGAGGAAUGUCGGAACAGUUUUGCCGAUGUGCGCCCCACCCUGACACGACUUUUAACAGAGUACAGGGAUCUGGCGAAAGAGGAAUUCGAGGAUGAUGGAUAUUUCCAGGGUCUUGUGAACACGUUGAACAUCAUGUUUAAGUCUCUGCACUUGAAGGAAGAGCUGUGAUGACGGAAUACAGACGUUAUAAUGUCCUUUUAUUGGUCAUCCUGCCAUGAUUCAUUCAGACAAGUUCAUUCAAGUUUUCUAUUGUGUUAAAUACUGUAAAUAAGCUGCUUUUUAUAUCAUGAUAUAAUAUGAAGGGUUUUAAGAUAAAUAUAUUUUUAGUUCCCUAUCGGUGCAACCAGAGGGGUCUGUAGGAUUCAUCUCUGUCCUUCUGUCCGUCUGUCCGUUUGUCCCACAUGGUUUUCCGGACUUUGUUUAGCAAUGCCUCAAGAUAUUGAUCUGAAAUGUUGGGUAUAGCCUUAUCAUGUACAGUUUUAUAUUAAGUUUGUCGUUCAUGGCAAUUUACCCAUUUUUAUACGCCCAUCUAUGGGUUGUAUUAUGGUAUGGCGUUGUCCGUUCGUCUGUCCGCCCGUACUUUUCACGGUCUACUGCACAUAACAAUAAAUCCUUGUCCA